AUGUGGCUGUGGAAGGGUUACGUCAUUUUAUUCCUCAUUAUUCGCAGCACCGAUUCUCAAAACGGAGCGACCUGUUAUACAUCAUCGGGAAUAACCGGUGUAUGCCGAAGUAUCACGUCAUGUCCUACCGCGUUCCAGUUGAAUAUCAACCCCUUUAGUUUGUUUGGAGCCGCUCCACGAGGAUGUCAAAACUUCCUGGGCAUUGGUAGCGUAUGCUGUUCGCUGGCAGCUUCAAAUGCGAUUCCCACAACCGCAACUGCACCACCGAGAGCAACCGAGCCUUUCGUCGUCCCGACUACUAGGCAGACCUCUACUUCUACUACCACUGCACGUCCUAGUGUUCAAUUGGAGUGUGUGCGAACGGAUGGCACCGUGGGACCCUGCGUUUCCGAGAAAACCAUACCCAGCACACCGAUGACAAUCAGUACUACCACGGUACGAUCUUCGACCAUUCGCACAACCACACCGAUCGUUCUACAGAAACGGUUGGAUAAGGAACCCAUUUUCGAUAAACCGGUAAUCCUGCCAACACCGAGCUCUGGUUGCGGAAUCAGCGAUGUACAACAUAACAGAGUGGUCGGAGGUGUACCAGCUGCCCUGCAUGGAUGGCCUUGGAUGGCUUUGGUUGGCUACGAUGAAGGUUUUGGUGACGUAGAAUUUCGAUGCGGUGGAUCACUUAUCACUGAUCGCCAUGUUCUUACGGCGGCGCACUGCAUUCUAGCAUCACUAUCUGUUGUGCGAUUGGGCGAACAUGAUAUGGACAAUCAAACGGAGUCGGCCCACGUGGAUGUUCCGAUUUAUAAGUACGUUUCUCAUCCAUCGUAUGAUACGUUCGAUGGACAUUCGGAUCUUGCAGUAUUGUUUAUGUCAAAAGCGGUGGAAUUCAAUGACGCGAUCAAACCCAUUUGUCUUCCCUCGGUAGACCCCGUGCGGAGUACUGAUUUCACUGGCUACAACCCUUUUAUAGCCGGUUGGGGACGCACUGACGAGUCGGGAUUGGAAGCGAAAGUACUGCAAGAAUUACAAAUACCAAUCCUCGAGAACGAAGAGUGCAGUCAACUGUACAAGAAGAUACGGAAGCAGUUUACCAAAAAACAGUUCAACGAAGCAGUGCUGUGCGCCGGGUUUUUGGAAGGUGGCAAGGAUUCGUGCCAGGGCGAUAGUGGAGGACCUUUGAUGUUGCCUUAUUUGAUCAACAAAAAGUUCCACUACUUCCAGAUUGGCAUCGUCUCCUACGGCAUUGGAUGUGCCCGAGCCGAGCUACCGGGUGUUUACACUAGAGUAGUUACAUUUGUCGACUGGAUAGUGCAGCGUAUUUCAACACAUUGAUACUGUAGUGAACUUUUCCGAUGCAAAACGAUCCGAUUCCAGACCCUACUAGCAAUAACAGCGUACACACAGAUUUUUCAUUAGUAGAUUAAAAUCCAGUAAAUAUAUUUGAU